AUGCGAAGUCGCCACUACCUGACGGCACAAUGCCUCGAGGCACCAUGCAACUCGGCCUGGAUGCUCCUCUACCGAUUUGGGAGCGAUGUCAACUUUAUAAACGCGACGAGUCUCACCAGACCUGCUUUCGAGCAGUUGCUGCGAAGGUUUUCGCGCUUCUACUUCAUCCCCAAGGCCAAGUUGCGCGGCCGCCCGCCCAAGCUACGGUACCACCAUCAAGUCCUGGGACUGGUGCUCUCGUUCUACGUCGGCUCGAUGGAGCAGAGCUCGCUGUCCAUGCUCUUUGGCUUGCCCCCGAGCACGCUCUCGUGCAUCCUGUGCCGUGCAGAGGAGGCGCUGUCCACGGCGCUCCAUGGGUACGCUCCGGCGCGCAUUUCGUGGCCAUCACCAACGCGCCAAGCCGAGCUGCCAAAGCUCGUCGAGGCUCGCGAGCCCCUGCUCAAGUACACUUUUGGUUUCAUCGGUGGCAAGAACUUCAAAGUACGUAUGCAGUUGUAUUCAUUCGAUCCUAUCCGUCUUAACCCAUAUUGUUGGCUAUAUGCUGCAGGUGCAGCAACCUUCCAACGCAGAUCUUCAAAAUGCUAUGUACAAUGGAUGGCUAUAUUCUGUUUUGUUACAGGAACUAUCUGCUUUGCGGCUGACGACUGCAUUAUCUGGAGCCGACACAACUGUCCGGGGUCAUGA